CUGAAGGACACUUUGUUCUACGUGAUACCCUCAGAGAGAGAGAGAGAGAAAGAGAUAGGGGGAGGGAGAGAGAGAGAGAGAGAGAGAGAGGGAGAGUUUGCCCUUCUUGUUGAUCCAGAAGGUGUUCUCCCCCCGUGAGUUUGAAGGGUCCCUCUCCUUCGGGAAAACGUGAGGCAGAGCGAACAGCUGUGAGAAACAUCUUCCUCGGCGGGCGUGCUCGGAGGAGUUUCGCAGGCAAGGGUUCACCAUGGCAACCAAGACAGUGACGUUCCGAUGUCAGGAGGAGCAGGAGCACCAGAUGGCCCACAGCAUGAGGCUGUCCGCCCAGAUCAAGAAGAGGAAGUUCCAGUCCAGUGAUGAAGAGGCCUCCUAUUCGGACUUCUAUCCCAUAAUCCCCGGCGACCUCAUUUCUGCCAAGGAGCUGCUGGACUUCGGCAAGUCCCUGCGGCACAGGACAUGGCAGGUGCUGAGGCAGACCAUGGCUACCGAUGAGGAGUGGCAGAGAAGCAAGUGGACCCUGUUCGGCAACGAGGCGGAGAAGGUGGAGGUCGAGGUGAUCCGGAACCAGCACAUCAUCAGAACUCGGGCCGACCGCAUGGCCCUACGCCAGCAGGCUGAGAAGAGGGCCAGGGUCCAUCUGAAGUUUCUGGAGGACCUGAGCUUGAAGCCGCCAGACUUCCCCGUCCCCCUGCACUGCCACACUGUGUGGGAGGGCAUGGGGGUCAAACUGUCCUGCACCGUGCAGGGCUGCCCCACACCAAACGUCACCUGGUACAAAGAUGGGCUCCCGCUGAAAAAGUUCAAUCACCCCUGGAACUACAAGCUGCAGCAGACCUAUGGCCUGAACGUCCUGGAGAUCCGAAGAUGUUCUGUUGAAGAUGCAGGGGAAUACAAGGCUGUGGCCAGCAGUCCGUUGGGAGAGGCCACUACCUUUGCCACUCUGACGGUGAACUCGUUCCGGGCCUCCUCGGCUGGAAUGGAGUACUCCUGGAGUCCAAUUCCUGCUCCGGAGGCGGAGGCUCGGUUUGAGUCCACCUUCACCCCGUCGUUCGUGAAGGAGGGGGACUCGCUCACCCUGUGCUGCGGAUUCUCCACGGCCUUGCUGCCCUUCCAGCAGGAUGUGGCCUGGUUUCUGGACGGUGUUCCACUUCGUGAGUCCAGUAGGGUGCAGCUUCAGACGUCCCUCAGCUCCGCCUCCCUGACUGUGAGGGGCGUGCACAAGGAGCAGGAGGGCGUGUACACCGUGCGACUGCGCUCCCUGGAGGGCGUCCAGGAGCACAGCGCCUACAUCUACGUCAGAGACGGGUCCUCUGAGGUAGUGGGGGCUCCUGGAUCCCCCCUGCAGGUUCAGUGCAGAGAUGUGAACCGGGACUACGUCUUCCUUUCCUGGCAACCCCCCAGUGCGGACGGGGCCAGCCCUGUGCAGGGAUACUAUGUGGAACGGUGUGAGAUCGGGGUCGGGGAGUGGGUGCGCUGUGACGAGGCCCUGCAGAAGCUGUGCCACUACCCCCUCCAGGGCCUGAAGGAGAACACCCUGUACCAGUUCAGAGUGCAGGCGGUCAACCAGGCCGGGGCGGGGCGACCCUCCAAACCCAGCGACCCCGUCCUCACCGGCGACCCUGCGGAGCCUGGCCGCACCAUGGUGGUCAAGGUGGACAGAGGGAGGGAGAUCAUCAUCACCAAAGACCAGCUGGAAAGUCAGAUUCGGGUUCCCUUCCCUCCCACCGACGUGCAUGCGAGUGAUGUGACCGACACCUACGCUGUGGUGAGCUGGAAUGAGCCGGAGCCCCGCGGCAAGGAGCCCCUCACCUUUUAUGUGGAGCGGUCCAUCGCAGGGAGAGGCAGCUGGCAGAUGGCCAGUAUGGGCAUGGUGGUGAGCUCCCCCAGGUUCGCUGUGUAUGACCUGCAGAAGGGAACGUCCUACUGCUUCCGCAUUCGCUCCGUCAACAAGUACGGAGUGAGCGAGGCGUCCGAGCCCAGCCCGCCCAUCUCUCUGGGGGCACCUCAAGCACCUCCUGCUCCAGCACACGGGAUCCUGGCUCUUCCAGACACAGACUCCUCUGUGCUGCUGACAUGGGCAGAGCCCAAAAGCAAGGAGGGGGUGCUGGGGUACUACCUGUACUCCUGCGAGGCCGGGACCAGCAACUGGAACACAGUCAACAACAAACCCAUCACCGGCACCAGGUUCACGGUUCAUGGGCUGUCCUCACAGAAGCAGUAUGUUUUCCGGGUGAAGUCGGUCAGCAGAGCUGGCACAAGCGAGUACUCAGAGGAGACCCGCCCUAUUCUGGUCAAAGCAGCCAUCGGCACCCCGUCCUCACCCUCGGCCAUCGCCCUUCUGAACUGCACGGGGACGGAGAUGGUGAUUGGCUGGAAGGCUCCGGCCAGGAGCGGGGGGGACAGCGUGAGGGGGUACUACCUGGAUCAGAUGGACACGGCGCUGGAGGUCUGGCGCGAGGUCAACAUCAAGUCCAUCAAAGAAAGGAUUUACAAGGUCAGCAACUUGCUGGAGGGACAUUAUUACCAGUUCCGCGUGAUCGCAGCAAACAUGGUCGGCAUUGGCAAGCCGUCAGAGCCCAGCCAAGCCUUUCUGUGCAAGGAGUGGACCAUGCCAGAACCUGGCUGUCCCUAUGAUCUGGAGAUCAGGGAGGUGCGCGGGACCUCGCUGGUCCUUCUGUGGGAGCGGCCUCUGUAUGAGGGGCGGAGCCCAGUCACCGGCUACCUGGUGGAGAUCAGAGGAGAGGAUGAGGAGGAGGGCUGGACCUCGCUGACCCAGGAGCCAAUCACAGACACCCAUCUGAAGGUGUCGAGCCUGAAGGCAGGUAAAACCUACCGCCUGCGUGUGACUGCGGUGAAUGAGGCCGGCGUGGGCAUGCCCUCCCUGCCCUCCGAGCCAAUCACAGCCCAGACAAAACCAGGAACGAAGGACAUCGAGAUUGGCGUCGACGACGAUGGCUUCAUAUUCCUGGCCUACGAGUCACAGCAGAUCAGCCAGGGUAGCCAGUUCCUGUGGGCCAAGAACUACAGAGACGCCAUCGAUGCAGGAAGGGCCCGGGUUGAGACCUCCAAAAACAGGUCCACUCUCACCUUCACCAGCCCCUCAGAGGAGGAUCUGGGCCUGUACACUGUGGCAAUUAGUGAUAACCCUGAAGACUCCUCCAGCUUCAACUUUACUGCAGAGGACCUGGAGAGACUGAUGGAGUUGAGUUGGCAAGUCAGAAACCCAUUGAUCGCCCUGCAGUCCCCCUGGCAGGUGGAGGUGAUGGAGAAGGGUGAAGUGAGAUUCUGGCUGCAGACGGAGUCUCUGAGUGCCUCUGCGGAACUGCACCUCAUCCUGAACGACAGGGAGAUCUCCAGUACCCCUGCCCGCAAGAUUAACUUCAACAAGGCCGAGGGGCUGGUGGAGAUCCUGUUCCAGGAGCUGUCACAGGCCGAUGAGGGAUCGUACACUGCCCAGCUGAGGGACGGACGGGCCAAGAACCAGUUCACCCUGGUGUUCGUGGACGAGAAGUUCCGGCAGACACUGGCCAAGUCUCUGGCCAACAGGGCGGACUGGAAGAGAAAGGCAGGACCACAUUUCCUGGAGUUCUUGUCUUGGACAGUGACAGAGGAGUGUCACUUAAUAUUCAAAUGCAAGGUGACCAAUGUGAGCAAGGACAGCAAACUGAAGUGGUUCAAGGAUGGAGCGGAGAUCACACAGGCGGUGUACGACCAGCAGUCCGGAGUCAGCACUUACACAGUGGAACAGGUGACGAAGAAGGAAGCGGGGGUGUACCGAGCCGUGGUGUCCGACAGCAGGGGAGAGGACGUGACCACGCUGGAGCUACUGGACAAUGAGUUUGAAAAGGUUCAACAGCAUUUGAGCAAGCAGUGUGCUCUGUCAGCUGGUCCUAUGGAGAUACAGUGCACUGCCGAGGGCUUUAAGCUCUACUGCUCUUUGAAGUACUAUCUGAGCUACAUGAAAACCGCUUGGUUCUUCAAGGAGAAGAGGAUUGACCAGGAGGAAAGGACGAAGGUGGGCAGCAGCAUACAGAAGGUGUGGAUCGAGAUCUUUAACCCCACAGAGAAUGACAAAGGGAAGUACUCUCUGGAGAUGUUCGACGGGCAAGAGACGCACAGGCGAACACUGGACCUGUCUGGACAAGCUUUUGCAGAUGCAUUGCUGGAGUACCAGAGGCUGAAGCAAGUGGCUCUGGCAGAAAGAAACAGAGCAAGAGUUACCAAGGGCCUCCCGGAUGUGGUGGCAAUCAUGGAAAACAAGUCUCUGUGCCUCACCUGCUUUGCGGACGGAGACCCAGCACCUGAGAUGUUCUGGCUGAAAAACGAGCGGGAGUUAGCUUCCUCCAACCAGUACAGCAUCACCCACGACCACAAGUGCACCACGCUGACCAUCAACAACGUCACUACCGAGGACUCGGGCAAUUACAGCGUCUUCGUUCGCAACAAGUACGGCGGCCAGACCGUCAACGUGACGGUGAGCGUGUACAAGCACGGCGAGAAGCCCCCGUCCAACGCUGUGGAGCUGUAGUGGGAGGAGCUCUCUGAGGGCCACGCCCUCAUGGCCACACCCUCAAGGCCAUGCCCUCAGGGUCACGCAGGCAGCACCACUGGAGACUGGAGGAUAUGUAGUAGGAAAUAGACAGAAUUAGAUGAAAGCAAGCUUAAUGAAGCCACUUUGUGUGCCUUUGUAUUAUUAUAUUUAAUAGUCAAAAGCAGGUUAUUAAAAGCAGUAUGUUGGAGAUAAGCGAGAGGAUUCAUAAAUUCAAAAGGUAUGGAUAAUCCAAACGGUAUUAGUGAUGACAUUGUAAGCUUCAACAUCUGAAUGUAUUACAUUUUAUUCCUACACUAUCACUCUGUGUUAUUAUUACUAUUGCAUCUUCAUUACAUACUGAUUGAGUCAUAGUGUAAACACAGUACCAUAGGGAACCAUUGCCCAAGCAUCAAUUGACUCUCUAAAUAAAUUGUUAAAAGCAUUGCAUUGUGACAUUAAAAACAAAAUCCAGUCAAAACUCCAAACAGUCACUAAAUAAGUCAGCCCAGAGUUAUGAUCAAAAAUUUUCCUCAAAGUUUUUUUUUUUUUCCUGAAUUUAUUCCCUAAAAUACAACUCGCGUGGGAGCCGUUUACACAUGCUGCUUUCGUGUGUAAGACCAGGAUAAUUAAAGGAUUAGACAGCUGACUUAAGGCAAGGCCUGCAGCAGAAUUCAGCCUGUAGAACGAGUUUUUUUCCCCGAGAUGAUGAAUGAGAAUUACACGCCUUUUCCAUUGUACUACCCUUGUUAGAAAGUCCAAUUAGCCUUUUGUGUUAUCUUUCAUUUGAAAUGUCAUAUCCUCUGUGUUCUGUGAGGAGAUUACAUGGUCAGCACGACAUGCAGACUUUGCUUUUCUCUAUUACUGCAAUUUAUGCAGUUUCCAGAGUAAUAGGCAAGCUAAUUCCAUUGUAAAUCACCUCCUGGAUCACUGGUCCAUAACCUUCUCUCUGUCUGUCAUUUUUCUUCAUAUAGCGGAUAACCUUGCCUGU